AGCCAUCACCAUCCACCACCAGACCCGAAAGCAACAGCUAAACAAGAAGGAAGCUUCCCGGCUUAGCUAAGCUACUUCGCAGUCGAUCAGCUUUACUUAAGUAGCAAAUGGCCAAAUCGGCAUCGUCCCUGCUGAUCCUGGCGGUCGUGGUGGCCGCGGCGUGCUUCGGCGCGGCGGCGGCAGCGCGCGGCGUCCCGGCGGAGAAGAAGGACGAGGUGAAGCGGCCGGAGACGAUCCAGGAGGGGACGGUGCUGAUCCCGGGGAUUGGGCGGUACGAGCUGGGAACUCACUACAGGCCGGACAUCGGCGGGCUCGACCACAGCAUCCCCGCCGCGGCCCACGGGCAGUUCAUGCCCGGGGCCGACGACACCUGGGUCCCCAACCCCGGCUUCGAGGUGCCCAACCCAUUCCACCCCUGAACAGCCUUGCUAGCUGAUCCGUCCACGUCGAUCGGUCAGUCGCUACUCGCCAGCCGGCUUGCCAGCACGUCAUCCACGUCAGUCACACCGGUCGAUCAGUAGCUAUGAGUUAAUUAUUCCCGCUUUUUAGUUGCAAUUAAAUAACAGCUAGCUGCUCUAUAGCCAUGCGUGCAUGCAUGCAUCUGCGUGCUCCGUCGAAGGUUUUGUUCUUGUUUGGUUCAAGUGUACGUGUGUGAAUUGUGAUGUGUAUGGAUCGAUGCGUAGGAAGCAUCGACCACAGAUAUCUUGUCUUGCUCGGUUUUGUUCGUGUUUAGUAAUUUGCUUCGUUGCAAUGAGUGAGUUAAUAAAUUAUGUGGUUUUUCUCGA